AUGUCGGGCAAGGGAAAGGCGAAAGAGACGGUACUCGAUGAAGAUGCCAAGUCUCCUCGAGAUUUCGCGACGGAUGGGAAAGGUGGCAGUGGGAUCAACAGGGUCAACCGAGCCUGCAAUCACUGUCGUCGGAUGAAGAUGAGGUGUGUUGGCGCGGACGACCCCCCUUGCAAGCGUUGCCGGGUGACAGGCGAAGACUGUGUCAUGGAGAAACCACGAAAGGGGACUAGUAGCCUGGAUGCUCCGGCUGGUGACGAUCGUAUAAAACACCUGGAAUCCCAGGUCAACUCGAUCCAGAGCACCCUUUCCGACUUGGUCACCGCUAUCCGGUCAUCGAGCAUGGUCACACCCUCUCAGCAACAACAGCUAGGCAAUAGCGUCAGCCCUCAAGGGUUCUACCCUAGCCCAGCUUCGUCCCAUCAACGGGAUGGUCCAGGCAAACCGAUCUCUUCCGACACCUUGGAUCCCAGAUCGACCCCUAACCCAAACCUCAACCCAUCCACGCAGAUGUGGGACGAGAGCGGUUUCGCCAUCCCCACUCGACCGGUGACCGGUGUGAGUUUCGGAGAGUAUACGAAUACUACAGGCUGGGAUUAUCCGUUUGAAGCUUCCGGUAUGGGGUCUUUACUCCCCGGAGAUGCUCUCAGAGACGCCCAACAAGAUCAACAACAUCCAGGACAGAGCACGAGCUUGACCCCUGGCAGGUCGAGGCGAAAGACCGAAUUCAAGACAUCAAACUCGACUUCGGUCAACGCUUCGCCUAUGAACUCGGACGGUGAGGAAGAAGAUGGUCUGGCCACCAGCAUGAUUACGGCUCCGUUGGCGAACAUGAGCAGUAUGGCUGGGUUGGCUGAGGCGGCCGUGGAGAGGGCGAGGGCGGAGAGGAUGGUCAGCAAGGUCGGGAAUGAGAGUAGGGGAGUAGAAGGAGAUGAUGGGGCAAGUGCAACGAUCAAGACAGUAGAGGGCAAAACGGAUGACGGACGACAGACAAAAAAACGCAAGACGGACAAGUCGACGGAUGACGCUGUUUUCGUCGUCCCCAAAGACCCCAUACAACGAGCCGCCGCAGCGCUCAAUCCUCCCGGAAUCAUUGUCGAGUCCCACCGAUCGGGCAAGGGGAAAAAGACGAGAAAACACGUGCACGCGUUUCCCGAUGUUGUCUCGCUCGGCAUCGUCCAAGAGGAAGAGGCGAGACAGCUGUUCGACCUGUAUUUCAGCGGGAGCAACGCCUUUUUGCCGAUCUACGAUCCUUCUUACGAUACUUGGGAUUCUUUAAGGCUACGGUCGCCAUUUAGUCUUUCCGCAAUCAUUGCCGUGGGUGCAAGAGUUCGGGAUGGAGGUGGACCCAUCAGCGAGGUCCAGCGGGCGUCGACGGAGCACGCACGGAAGAUAGGCUUAGGUACGAUGUGGACCCCGGUAGCCAGGAUCGAGGCGGUCCAGGCUACGCUCGUCUUGGCGGGAUUCAGUCAGAACGGAUGGUUACCCUCGGGUCAUGCCGUGCGUCUCGGUCUGGAUAUGGAGAUCAACCAUUCUUUUAUGAAACUCCUGCGUGGUAAAAUGGGGGCGGGAAAGUCGGCUGCCCAGUUGGAAGAAGAACGAGACCUAGUCAUCCAGGCGAGAUGCUGGUUCACGCUCUACAUGAUCGAACAUCAGAUGUCGUACGGGACCGGUCGACCGGCGAUCCUGAGAGAAGACGCUUCCAUCGCCGAGUGCCGGCGUUUCCUCGACCAUCCUCUCUCAAUCGCGACAGACGUCCGGCUGAUCAGCACAGUCGAGAUGAUCGCUCUGAGGGCACCUUUGCACAUUGUGCUGACCACAUCGCCAGAAGAGCCCGUCAGCCAAGAGACUGUCGUCCGCUUACAACAAGCUAAUGGAGCGUUCGACCGCUGGCUCACCUACUGGGAGCGGGUCAUGAUCGAACGCUACGGAAAAGCGCAAAACGACUUUUUCAUGGAGAGCCUUUUGGCGCAACGAAGUUAUGCCUCGCUGUUCAUCAACUCGCAAUUACUCAGGGGGAUCAAAGAUGCGGCCGAUGUCAAAAAGAUGCCCCCGGACAAGAGGGAUCUUGCGAUCAAGGCCAUGCGCAACGCCCAGUCUUGUCUCGAGAUUGCGAUUCGCGGCGAGAAUUAUCGGGCUGGCUUGAAAUACGCGGUUCACUAUACGCACGUUUCGGCCGCGUUCGCCGCAUCCUUCCUUAUUCGUAUCGCCCGCCUAUUUCCUCACGAGCUCAACCUUCGCAAGACAGCCAAAGAUGUCGAGGAGUUGGCGUCGGUCCUCGAACAGGUUCCCGCCGGUCGCUAUGCUCGUUCCCUGCGCCUCUUGUUGCGUCGAGCCAGGAAAAGCAAAUAUCUACCUCCACCCUCAAUGCCCGGAUCACCCAACAAAACGCACGCUCAACUGCCUCAGAACCGUACACCCAUCGGUACCCAGAGCCCUUGGGCGGGUCUCGCGCAUCCAGACAUGCCUACACCUGCUCUGCAUACGAUGGGUCAUUCUACCGGCAUGGCCCCAAUGCUCACCCAAACGUCACCAUUGAUGAGCAUGACGAAUAUUUCUGGAAAGAACGAGUCGCCCAGCUCGAAUCCAGAAAGCUAUGAAUUUGAUGCCACUUUCAUGCAGGAUCUGGUCAAUCGAGCCGGUCUCUCCUUUGGUAACGAUCAAAACCUGCCUCUCUUUUUGAAUGGAGAAUCGCUUGGAGAGACGACGGAGAACAACAACGCGAUGAUGGGACUCGAGGGUUUCUUCCUCCCACCAGGUAAGCGUGCUGCCUUUGAAUAUUCCGAUUUCUUGGUUGCUAAAGUCAUGUUCGCCCCCGCAGACGUCGACUUGCGCUUCCUCGAUCUGAACGCCUUUGGCGCGUCUAAUGCGAGCCAGCUAGGCGAAUUUCAACCAGAUCAAGACAUGCCACCAGAUACAUGGUGGUGA